AUGACCGAGAUUGUCGAUCUUCUCGCGAGCUCUCCGCCUCGGCCACCCACAGCUCGCCAACCAUCUCUCCCGGCUGCAGGCUCCAAACGGCGCCCACCUAGGGAGAAAUCACCAAUUAUCGAAGAUGCCCUCUUCGUCUCGGACGAUGAGUUGGCAGCUAACCCAGUGGUUGGAACUGGGUGGUCAUGGAAAGGGCUUAGCGCAGAAGGACCAGCGACCAAGAAGCGCCGCAUAAGCGCAGCAGACUCAAUCGUAUCAAGUCCAAAAAGGAACUCUCCGUCAUUGGAAGCUUCGAUUCCUCCACCUUCUGCGCAGCCCAGGGAUCAGCAACGGAGUAGCUCUGUCCCUAAAGGAGUAAAGAACAUUGGAGGAAAGUUCUACCGACCCGGGCUUGAUGAUUCGGAAGGUGAAAUGGAUGAUGAUCAUUUUCGAAGCCCGUCACCUAAAGGGAAAGAGGUUGCAUCUACGCAAAAUGGAUUCGACCAGCCAGAAAUAGACCUUUUGUCUGACGAUGAACCGGACAGUGACUCUUUCAGAUGUUCGCCACCCAGGGGCAAGGAGACUGCACCAACGCGGAGAGGUCUUGACCAGCCAGAAGUGGACUUUCUGUCUGACGACGAGCUUUUUGUGAGCGAGACACCCCAAGAUAAGGGGAAACAGCCGAUGCCAGCUGUACCGAAGCGGAAUCUUAUGGCGGAGGAUAUCAUCUCAAACUCGCCGGCGCUGACGCAGCGAGCAAAGAGCACACUCAGCAAGACUGCUGACUGGGUUCCUAUCUCGAGCUCGGCGCCCAUUCCAGCCUCUGAUAUUGGCCACCCGCCGGAGCCAUCUCGUCCCUUCCGCAAGACUUGGUCAGAGGUCAUUUGGCUUGACGAUUCUGACGACGCCAUGGAUGAUGUGGACUCCGAUGGAGACGAUCUCCCUGAUAUUAUGGACCUUGCCAGUUCCAAGCGAAAAACCACCUCUGGGUCAACCUCUAAGCGGCCGCCGACAGUUACCAAAUCAAGGAACAAGAGGUUCACCACAGGUGUCUCAUCAGCCAAUGCUGUUGACCUCCCAGAUGAGGAGAGAAAAACGCAACAAACGAAAACCCCCGCCGAAAAAGCAGCAGAGAAAGCAACCAAAGCCGCCGCCCUCGCCGCCGAAAGAGAGCGCAAGCGUCUCGAGAAAGAAGCUGCCAAAGAAACCAAAGCCUUUGAAAAGAAAAAAGCAGCCGCCCUCGCAGAAGUGAACAAACUUCGCACCGACAAAAAGGUCUCUACCCCCGAAAUGAUUGUCGACCUCCCCAUCGGCCUCAACCCAACCAUCAAAAUCCAGGCCGAGGAACUUCUCAAAGACCUCUCCGUCCAAGUCCAAUCCUCCCGCUCCCCGGUUGACAACAUCGUCCGCUGGAAGCGAAAGUACGCCAUGGCUAUCAUGCCCGCCGCUCGGUUUGUGGAGUUAUGCCUCUCCCCAUCCACCCCAAACCUGGACUCGCAUGUCUCCUCAAUGAAGUCCAGUUUUCCCGGAUUUACCUUGAUCUACCUAAUCGAAGGCCUAAACCCCUUCCUCCGCAAGAAAAAGUCCGCUCGAAACAGGCAGUUUGUCUCCGCCGUCCGUGACGGACUCGAUCCCCCUUCUAGCACCCAGCCCAACCGGCCGGCCAACAACAACCAAAAAAUAAUCAACGAAGACCUCGUCGAGCAAUCCCUCCUCCAGCUACAGCUUGUUCACUCAGCUCUCAUCCACCACACCAACGCCCCGAUUGAAACCUCGCAGCAAAUCGCCGUUUUUACUCAGCACAUCUCCACUGCGCCGUACCGGCGGUUGAGGGAUCAGACGAAUGACACCCAGGCGGGGUUCUGCAUGGACUCUGGGCAGGUCAGGACUGGGACCGAGACGAAGGAUAUUUAUGUGAGGAUGCUGCAGGAGGUUGGGCGGGUCACGAAGCCGAUCGCGGUGGGGAUUGCGCAGGAGUAUGAGAGCGUGAGUCGGUUGAAGAGGGCGAUGGAGGAGGAGGGGCCGUUGAUACGGGAGUCGGUGAGGAAGGGGACGAAUAGGGAUGGGGGGUUUAGUGAUCGGGCGGUUGGGCAGGCUAUUAGUAGGCGGGUGCAUAAGAUAUUGCUGGGGAGGGAUGGGGGGAGUAGUGAUAUUUGA